AUGCCUCAGUGCACUCCAUUCUUCUACACGCCGCCUGGAUUCGUCCACCCCGAAAAGAACAUGUUGAAGCACUUGAAGCAUCUUGUCAUCAACGAAGUCAUGACCACAACUCUAGUUACGAUCUUGGCACAGUUCGAGUGUCUUGAGGAAGUCAUAAUUAAGAAGAAGUAUAUCCUGCGCCCAAACGGUGGAUUGAUCAAGCGCCGAGAUCCCGUAACGAAGAAGCGUGUUGCGCAGUCCCAAGAUACGACGGAUUUGGAAGCGGAGUGGUUGAGGUCGGGAGUCGAAGUGGCAGCUGCACGAGAGAGAAAUGAUAAGGAAUUGAAGAUGGCAACAGGUUCACACACUUUCAAGCUUCCCGAGUUGUCGUUUGUUAAUAGUCGGAGGGAUUGGCAACCUACGUGGUUCUUUAAGUUCAGAGCUCGAAAGGCAAAGGAGCUUACUGUAUUGGAGGAGAAAUGA